AUGGAUGUUUCAAAUGCGUUCUUGCAUGGUGAUCUUGAUGAGGAGAUUUAUAUGAGUCUUCCUCAAGGCUAUACGCCUGCUCCUGGAGUGAUUUUACCACCAAUCCAGUUUGUCGUUUACGCAAGUCCUUGUAUGGCCUUAAGCAAGCGAGUCGUCAUUGUUUAUGUUGAUGACAUAAUGAUUGCAAGCAAUGACGAUGAUGCUUUUCUGCAACUUAAAACUCUUCUUCGCUCUGAAUUCAAAAUCAAAGAUCUUGGUCCAGCUCAGUUCUUUCUUGGCUUGGAGAUAGCGAGAUCAUCUUCUGGUAUCUCGGUCUGUCAACGAAAGUAUACUCUCAAUCUACUGGAUGACUAUGGUCUUCUUGGUUGUAAGCCUAGUUCUGUUCCAAUGGAUCCUACACUUCAUCUUACUAAGGAUCUUGGAACGUUAUUGACUACUCCGACGAAGUACAGAGAGCUCAUUGGUCGUCUUUUGUAUCUUUGCAUCACGAGACCUGAUAUCAGUUUUGCUGUUCAUCAACUCAGUCAGUUCUUAUCGGUUCCAACUGACGUUCAUUAUCAAGCAGCUCUGAAAGUUCUUCGGUAUCUCAAGACAAAUCCUGGUCAAGGCUUGAUGUAUGCUUCGGAUUCUGAGCUUUGUCUCAAUGCUUUUGCGGAUGCUGAUUGGGCAACCUGCAAGGAUACUCGACGUUCUGUGACUGGUUUUUGCGUUUAUCUUGGGAGUUCUCUUAUAUUGUGGAAAUCCAAGAAGCAAUCAGUGGUUAGUCGAAGCAGUACUGAAGCAGAGUAUUGA